AUGUCUAUAUCCUUAUCUUGCUGGCAAUCAGGCAAACAAGCUGGCAUCGUCUCCCUCGGCACCCACUGUGUCUACCUUGCUGCCGAUGGGCCCCAACGAUUGAUCAUUAGGGGCCGCCUGCAGCCCGCUGUGAUCAUUGAAACUCGGCUCUGCAGUGGCCUCAGCGAAUGGGUCGCUGUCAGCCGGCUGAUCGCUCAGCGGGCCCGCGUCUACAGCUAUGACCGAGCCGAGGAUGGACGCAGCGAGCCCUCCCCAAACAAACAAUACAGUGCCAAGAAUCGCAACUUAGAAUUGGCGACUAUGCUGGAGGCUGCUGAAAUUGAACCGCCAUACGUUCUGAGGUUGGCUGUACGUUUGAAGGACAUGAUGCAAGCUGAUGAAGGAUUGUCUAUGCAGAGCCGAUUCAUCUAUGUGGAAGGCAAGGCCCAAACGCACAAUCUACAGCUGCGACGGCAGAAAACAUCUUCUCUGCAUUUCAUCCCACGUGCGCUGGAUAACAUCGACAAGCGAACCGAAUGCGUGCCUCGAUAA